AUGAAAGAGGCGAUCAGAAUGGUACCCGAAUCCAUUUACGAUCCCGAGUUUCCAGACACAUCGCACUUCCGCUCGGGUCGAGGCUGCCACUCGGCCCUCAGACGGAUCAAAGAAGAGUGGGGAACCUCUCGCUGGUUUUUGGAAUUCGACAUCAGGAAGUGUUUUCACACCAUCGAUCGACAUCGAUUCAUCUCAAUAUUGAAGGAAGAGAUCGACGAUUCCAAGUUCUUUUACCCCACUCAGAAAAAGUUUUCCGCCGGACGACUCGUAGGUGGUGAGAAGGGCCCUGACUCCAUCCCAAACAGUGUACUACUAUCGGCCCUACCAGGCAAUAUCUACCUACACAAGCUCGAUCAGGAGAUAGGGAGGAUCCGGCAGAAGCACGAAAUUCCUCUUGUAGUGAAAAUAAGAUCGGUUAUAUUAAGAAUAGGUCGUCGUAUUGAUGACCAAGAAAAGUAUGGAAAAGAAGCAAGCUUCAACGCUCCCCAAGACAACAGAGCCCUCAUAGUGGGGAGGGUAAAGAGCAUCCAAUGCAAAGCGACCUUUCAUUCCCUUGUUUCGACGUGGCACACCCCCCCACAAGCACCCCCAGGCGAAGGGGAGACCAGAAAACGCUUUUCGUUUUCCCCCCUUCAGCGGCCCUAG